AUGGGCAACGCGCUGCCCGGCGCGCAGCGGAAGCUCGUGGUCCUGGAGCAGGAUCCGCUGACGUGGCGCCUCGAGCACGUCGUCGACAUCCGGAAGCGCUUCAUCGCCGAGGGCUGGGACCCCGGCGUCAACCGGGACCAGCUCUCGCAGCUGGUCCAGCUCGUGCUGCCGGACCCGACGCACGACGUCGUCGAGGAGGUGCUCUGGCAGCGCUUCUUCGACGCGGCGCACCGGAUCCCCGAGGACGCGCCGAACGAGGUGAACAUCUUCGAGUUCUUCGCGGGUUUGGCGGUCGUCUGCCUCGCGGCGUUCGAGGAGAAGGCCGCGUUCGCGUUCGACCUCUUCGACUUCAACGGCGUCGGCAGCCUGAGCUACGUCGAGUGCAUCGUCAUGCUCUCCACGUUCCUGAGCGGGACGAUCUGCUUCGUGCGCCGGGGCGCGAGCCCGUCGGACGAGAAGCUCGAGGCGCACGUGAAGCACGCGUACGAGACCAUCGGCAAGCAGCCCCACGAGCGCCUCACCAAGGAGGAGCUCCUCGAGUACUACGGCGUGCGCAUCAUCGAGCUCUGCGAGGCGCGGGGCAUGGACGAGUGCGACACGCCCAUGGUGUUCCUGCUGUGCUACGACCUCGUGAACAUGAGCAUGCUCGACGACGGGCCGUCGACGAAGGCCGUCGUCCUGAAUUCCGAGGACAUCGGCUUCGACUAA